AUGCCCAUCCCUAUGAAGCACCCUCAGAUAGUGCAUGCUGAUACGACCCGAAUGGGCCAAUGGUCCGAUUUCGACGGUGUCGAAGCAGACAAACUCGGCACAUGCUCGGUCACGGCAAUUGCCAACGAAGAAGGCUUUCUGCUCGCCAAUACUUCCUCUGAUGGGUUUAGGGAGAUCCCUGCUGCAGAGAGUCUGUGCGCACUCUAUAAUGGGAACAAAGCGCUCUUCGGCAACAAGCCUGUGAAUGUGUGGAUUGUGUACGAGCAGGAAAACGCCGUGAAAGGACGGAGCAUCAGGAGAGUGAUGGAGGGAAUCCGGCCUGCUCGCAUUUUAGAGCAGGUAUAUAGCGGGGAAUCUUUCAUGAAUCAGCCUAGUGAAGAAGGUGCAAGGUUUUGUCUGAAGUUGGUGGCUGGUACUGUCGUGGCUACUAUGCGUCGACAGGAUGGUGGGGGGGCUCCCAUCCCGAUUUUGGGGGAUGGGACGACUGUGGUGUGUCGAUAA